AUGAGUGUCCUGGGUGAAGAUGGCUCUGCUUCAGCUUGGUACAACUAUUGGGUCUACAAAUAUCUCUUUUUGUUCUUUCUCUCCUCUGUACGUCUACUGUCAAAUUAUUGUCUUGAAUUACCCAGUGGGAUAGAAGACACCAUUAUUAAAGUGAUGGGAGUCACUACUGCUGAAUAUGAUCUACUCUUUUCUGUUUCUGCCUGGCCCAAUAUAUUUCUAUGUCUGGUUGGAGGAGUAUUAGUAGACAAGUUAUUAGGACGAAGACUAGGACUACUUCUGUUUGUCAUUUGUCUUCUACUUGGUCAAAUUGUAUGGGGUGUUGGAGGACUUGUCGAUAAUUAUAUUAUCAUGCUAGUUGGACGUUUCUUUAUUGGAGCUGGGAAUGAGCUAAUCAUAGUCAUUGACCACUCAUUUAAAGCAACCUGGUUCAAAGAGGAUCUGUCGCUUGCCAUUUCAAUUGAUAUUGGAUUCAGUAGACUAGGAGGAACAUUAGCUAUACUUCUUCCUCAGUUAAUAUACGACAGUCUCUCAAUGUUUCAUACUCCUACUUCUAGAUUAGGAGUCACGAUACUUACUGCUGCUGGAUUCAUGAUAAUUGCAAUGAUUUUCUCUGUAAUUGUUAUCCAAGCAGACUACAUGAGAGAGAAGUCGGCAAAGGAAUUUAAAAGUGACGAUGUAGCAUUCACGGACAAAUCAAAAGGCAUAAAACAAGUAUUCUCAUUUAUUUUUUUGCUAUCCGUGUCGAUUAAUAUGCUCUUCACUCCGGUGUUGUAUUCCUUCGUUAGCAUUGCUCAGAAAUUUUUUGUGCAAAAAUAUGGUCUUUCUAUCAAGAUGGCUAACAUUGCCAACGGGCUAUUGUUUGGCAGUGCAAUAGUACUCACACCAGUUGCUGGCAUGAUUAUUUCUAAAGUUGGCUUUCAUCUGUUCUGGGUACUAUUGUGCAACUUGACAACAGCACUCCCAGCCUUAUUGAUGUUCAUGUUCAGUAACACAGAAAGCUACAUUCCAUUCAUAGCAGGAAUAUUCUAUUCUCUUUCGUACACUCUUGGUGGACCGUCAUUCACUGCCUUGCCAGCUCUUGUAGUAGAUAAAGAGUAUAUUACAACAGGAUAUGGGAUUUUGAGAGGAGCUUAUAAUGCUUCGUUAUCAGCAAUAGUUUACAUCACUGGUUUUAUUAUUGAUACUAAAGGGUACUUCAUGCUACAAGCUUUUUUUGUCUAUUUGACUAUUUUGUGCAUUCACAUAGUAUUAUUGCUAAUUGUACUUGACUUUAUUUCACAAAAGCCAAGACUUAAUGUUCCUGGUUUGUGGAUUAAAUAUAUUAUAAAUAAAUAG